AAAAUUCCGUGUUGAGCAGAAGUAAACGAUGCCACACAAGAAUUAUUCGGAUAUCUGUUGGGGAGGAAGACACUGUGAGUGGUAAACUCCUUCAAGCUCGCUCAUUUCUUUGGACGAGCAAACAUACAUGGCCUCCACAAUUUUCAGAAGCUUUCAAUUGAACCCCUUGCUGCUAUAUCCAGUCUCGCUACUUGGAAGAAAAAAUGGGGCUAUGUAUUGCACAAUGAAAGCCGCACAAUCCCAAACUGCGACACAAGAAAAGCAAUCCUCCCAAGCCAAAGUUUCUCCAUCAAGUACCCAAUCCAAAAAAUUGAACAAAAUCGCAGAAAACUUUGAGGCAAUCAUUGGUAUAGAAACCCAUGUUCAACUUUCCACUCUAACCAAAGCUUUUUGUGGUUGCCCUUACAAUUAUGGGUCUCCACCUAAUUCCUCCGUCUGUCCCAUUUGCAUGGGCUUGCCUGGUGCUUUGCCUGUUUUGAACUCCAAGGUCAUUGAGUUUGCUGUGAAAUUGGGUCUUGCUCUUAAUUGCAAGUUAUCUUUGAACUCCAAGUUUGAUAGGAAGCAGUAUUUCUACCCAGAUCUUCCAAAAGGGUAUCAAAUUUCUCAGUUUGAUGUGCCAAUUGCUACCGGUGGUUACAUUGAUGUGGAUCUUCCAGUGGAAUAUGGUGGUGGCCACAGGAAGUUUGGCAUUACCAGAGUUCACAUGGAAGAGGAUGCAGGGAAGCUGCUACAUGCAGAAAAUGGAAGCUACUCUCAGGUUGAUUUAAAUAGGGCUGGGGUACCAUUGCUUGAGAUAGUUUCUGAGCCUGAUAUGAGAAACGGUAUUGAAGCAGCAGAGUAUGCAGCAGAAUUACAGAGACUGGUUCGGUAUUUGGGAGUGAGCAAUGGCAAUAUGCAAGAAGGUUCUCUUCGUUGUGAUGUGAAUGUCUCAGUUCGACCCAUUGGGCAAUCUCGGUUUGGGACAAAGGUUGAAAUUAAGAAUUUGAACUCAUUUUCAUCAGUGAGUAGAGCCAUAGAUUUUGAAAUUUCAAGGCAGGUGCAACUCCAUAGUCAAGGUCAUCAAGACCAGAUUGUACAGGAAACUCGUCUAUGGGAAGAAGGCGCUCAGAGAACAGUUACAAUGAGGAAAAAGGAAGGGCUUUCUGAUUAUCGAUAUUUUCCAGAACCAGAUCUUCCAGCAGUCAUUCUUUCCAAAGAAUAUGUUGAUGAUAUUGGCAAUUCUUUACCUGAACUUCCAGAAAUAAAGCGUAGAAGAUAUGAGAAUAUGGGCCUGAGCAUGCAAGAUGUUCUUUUCCUUGCUAAUGACAAAAAUAUUGCAGAUUUUUUUGAUGCUACCAUUGCAAAGGGUGCUGAUGUAAAGUUAGCUGCCAACUGGAUAAUGGGCGAUAUUGCUGCAUUCAUGAAAAAUGAGAAGUUGACAGUAAAUGAAAUUAAGCUUACACCUGAAGAGCUGUCUGAGUUGAUAGCUUCCAUUAAAGGCGGAGUUAUCAGUGGCAAGAUUGGGAAGGAGAUAUUAUUCGAGCUACUAGCCAAGGGUGGAACUGUUGAGGGGCUCAUAAAAGAAAAAAAUCUGGUUCAGAUAACAGAUCCUGCUGAGAUUGAAAAAAUGGUGGACCAAGUGAUCGCAGAGAAUCCAAAACAGCUAGAGCAAUAUCGUGGAGGCAAAACUAAGCUACAAGGUUUUUUUGCCGGCCAGGUUAUGAAAUUAUCUAAAGGGAAGGCCAAUCCAGGGCUUCUUAACAAGAUCCUCUUGGAAAAACUGAACUCAACAAGCUGAUGCUAAUGGAUUGCUAUUUGCAUAAUUAUGUGGGACUAAGCACGAUACAAAUAUUGUCAUUCCAUUCGUUUAGAGCGGGCUGCUUGUCUUGCUGAGCAUACCCUAGGGCUAGGUGUUCAUAUAUAUAUAAACUUGCAUUGUCCGGUUUGGGGAAAAUAGUUACAAAUGAAGUGAGAAAGGUAGGCGAUGCAUUUACGUUGGGCUUGUUCUUUGCAAGUCGGUGAAAGAAAUUGGCAGCCGCAAUAGAGCCUUGGAUCGAGUUGUUUUGACUGAUUACUGAUGAAGGUGUGGUUUUCACAUGCUAAGUGUCAUAAAAUAUCCUGCUUUUUGGGCUCUCCUGUGUUUUACUGUUGAUCUGCACAUGUUUUUGUAAUACUAUACUCAUAAACCUGGCAAAAGCCAGGUUAUUAGCUGAAUAUGGACAAAAGAGAUUAGUGGCUGAAUGAUUUAAGAAAUUUUAGGUUGAAAUUAA